AUGAACUGUAUGAUCGAUGGGGGGGAGGGGGCCAAGGGGGGGGGAGGGGGGGAGUCGAGCAAGCCGUACGAUUACUUGCUCAAGUUCCUGCUGGUGGGGGACUCCGACGUCGGCAAGCACGAGAUACUGCAGCCCCUAGAGGAUGGGUCCACCGAGUCCCCCUUCUGCGUCGGCAGUGGCCACAAAACCACUACCAUACUACUUGAUGGUAAGCGAGUCAAGCUGCAGCUGUGGGAUACUUCUGGCCAGGGUCGGUUCUGCACUAUAAUCAGGUCGUACUCGAGAGGUGCUCAGGGCAUCUUGCUUGUCUAUGACAUAACAAAUAAAUGGUCUUUUGAAGGGCUUGAUCGGUGGAUGAGGGAAAUUCAAGAGCAUGCCCCUGGUGUUCCCAAAGUGUUGAUUGGAAAUCGUCUACAUCUGGCAUUUAAGAGGCAAGUCAGUCAGAGCCAAGCAGAAUUGUAUGCAGCCAAAAACCACAUGAAUCUGUUUGAAGUGAGCCCUCUGUGUGACUUCAACAUCGUUGAAAGCUUCACAGAGCUUUCAAGACUGGCUUUAAAGAGAAAUGGAAUGGAACGUUUGUGGAGAGCAAAUAAAGUAUUAACUUUGCAAGAACUUUGCAGUCGAGCCAUUGUUGCCACAACCACAGUUUAUGGUAUUGAGCAUUUACCCCUCCCACAACCCAUCAAAUCUCACCUCAAGAGCUAUACAAUUCACAAUCAUACCAGGCUCAGACAGGGUAUCCCAGUGACAGAUAAACACAAGAAGAAGCACCUAAUGAUCCCAGGUGAUACUACCACAUCUUGUGUCAACACAUCAACGUGCACCAUCUCCUAGUCACCAUUACCACCAGCUGCCUACCACUCUCUAGCUUAUGUUUCAUGUAGAACCCAAAGUUAAUGCACAGCAGCUGUCACUUCUCCAGAUUGUCUCUAUUAUUUAUUAUUGUGGAAAAGACCAUGAAAAGACUAUGGACUUUAUAAACAACAACAAGUGAUUACAAAAGUAUAACUUACAGGUGAGUAACCAUGUUUCAGGUUCUGUAUAUCACAAGCAAAGAAUCCUUACAGGAACAUCUAACAAUACCAUAUGUUUCCUAUAGAUCCUGUGUAUUAAAAGUGGUAUUUACCUGGGUUAGAAUAGGAAAUAUGGAGACGUGGUAGAAAGUGAAUGGUGAUGUUUUACAAAUGACAUGUGAUACGAAGGUCUAGCUCCGUAUGGCCUUUUGAAUUUGAGGGAGUGUUUAUCUGAUGGUAUCUGUAUAUUCACUGUACAUACUUCUGAUGUGUAUAUUUGGAAAUAUUUUGAAGUCAGGAAUUUUUUCCCAGAUGAAAUAAAAAAGGAGUUUUGAAUGUUUUUCAGUUCAGUUUCAAGUGUAGGAACAGAUUAGGAAAUAAAUAUUUUCUUACUUGUAUUCAUAAUCCCUAGAUAAUCAAAUGUGCUUGACAUGUGCCAUUGUCUGUGAAUUUUUAUUUAAAAUAAAACUUUUUUUCUUAAUGUACUUCAUCAGUAAAAUUGUAACAGUAACACACUCAUGUCUAGAGAGUGAAUAGGAUUACUUAAUUGGCUUGCCAUACAAGUAUGGAUGGGUUAAUGAUGACAUUUUACAAUACUAUGCCUAUUAUUCCUCAUGCUGAUUGAUCUCUUUUAUUUUCAUGAUGGGGGUUUUGUUAAAGAAGAAAGGAACAUGAGAUAGUUACGAGAAACAUUUUUUUUCUGAGCGAAAUUUUCUACUUUGUCGAUUGCAAAGGUUGGAAUUUAAUUCCAAGGAAUAUUGAGCAAAAUUCAGUAGUAACAGUUAUCCGUUUGAAGUGUUGGACUAUAUAGGCUUUAUUUUGCUUGUGCGUCGGAGUAGUUGAGUUACUAGUUGUAUUAAGAAUUUUCAUAUAUCUUUUGUAAUUAAUUCACCAGUCAUAUGUUCUAUGAAUACUGACAUGUUCCAUUUGCGUCAUGAUAUUAGUAUGUGAACAAAACAACAUGUUGAAUUAACACAUGAAUCUCUUAGUUAUGUUUUUACACAUCUUGAUCAGCUUGCAUUUAUUCAUUAUGGCAUGAGGAAAGUGUUACGAAGGUCAAAGGAAAUAACCUUGGUUUUCAGGAAAUUUUUGUAGUAUUUUUUCCUCAGUUGGCACAAGAGCAUUAUGAUUGCUGUAAGAGAUAUUGACUUGUACUUACAAGAAAAUAACUUCAGGUGAGCAUGUUUAAUUUUGAUUGUGGUAUUGGCAGCUGUGGUUUUCUUUCCUGUGCUUGUGUGACAUUGGGCUUAAGUUAAUUACUGUACAGUGUAAACCUGUGCUGCUCCCUGUAUAAUUUUUCUGAUUCAUCUCCCCGAAGUAUAUUGAUCAUAAUUCUUUGGAAGUGCAUUGAACAUUUUUUAAUUCCCUUUUCAUAUUGAUAAAAAUAUGUAAUCCAUUACUUUACCCAUGUUCCAGAAGCAACUCAUGCUCUUGCACAUUAGUGUAGAGGUUUGAUUAAAUUGUAAAAAUACGGGAACCUAACUUUCAAAAACAAGAAAUCCUAUCUUAGAGAAAAGUGGCAAUAAACACAAAGGAAUUGUGCAAGACGUAAAUAAAAAUGUACAAAUUAGGAUUUAUUUAUUACAUAAUUUUAACUUUAUUACCUGUUAGAUGGAUGGUAUGGUAGUUAUGAAUUAUUAUUACGUACUACUGUAUUAAAAUUAUUAUAUUAAUAUUACUAUUAUUACAAUAAUGACGAUGAUAAUAUUUCAGAUACAUGUUUAUUCAGUACAGGAAGAAAUAACAAGAAAAUCUCAAGUUCCUUUUAUAUAUUAGUAACUAGGAUUUGCGUUUCCCUUCAACUGAAAAAAUAGACAAAUAGGCAAAAAUUCAGAUAGAUUUCCCAGGUUGAUUGUAAGUGGCUUUGUAAAUGAGGAACUGGUAUUUAUUAAAUUUCAACACUUAUUUCUGUUCUCAUUCAAGUUGGUCAAAGAAGAUUGACUGAGCAUGAUGUACUUAAGCAAUUUUAAGGACCGAUGCAAUAUUUAGCAGAAAAAAUUUAUUUUUCUUUCUCUCCAUGUCUUGGAAAUUUUGACUACUGUACAAUUCGUGAAUGUAAAUAGGGGUACGUAAGUUAUUGAUUACAGUGUAGUAAUGUCUUCUUCAUUUGAUGUACCUCAAUGCAAGCCUUGAAUGAAAAUUUUGUGUACAGUAUUAUUUCUUCUUUGAAUUUUGAAGUUCAGAGGUCUGAUUGACAACAUUGUAUGAAGCAGUCAACACCAAGCAGAGAGUCCUGAAAUGAGGUGGCAGUAGAGCAAGAUUAAUUGGAUUAUACGUACUUUAAAAUUUGCCCCCAUAGGCAGCUCCCUUGUGCAGCUAUUUUCUAUUUGAGGUACAGGUAUAUGUAUAUAUUUUUGUGGAAAUACAAGAUUUGAUCCCAAAGGCUUUGGAUUUUCAAAGUACAUACUGUAGAUGUCCAGGCAUGUCGGAAUUUUAUAGGGAAUUAUCAUGUGCAAUUUCCUUUUUUUUUGUUUAUUUUUUUUUUAUUUUGUGUUGCUGCUUUAUAACUACUAUUUCUGCCUCUGGUAAUCUGUGGUUAUUAUAUUUAGUUAAGCCAUUGCAAGAUGUAUGCCCCCUAGUCUUAAGACAUCAUCUUGAGCUUUAAUUGUAGAUUUAACUUUAGAAUUUUAAGUUAUAUUGCCCAGCAAGUUUAAAACAUGAGACAAAAUGAACAUUCAGUUUACUGCAAAUUUUUUUUUUUUUACUUUAGAGUAUUGUAUUGUGUUAAUUUUUGCGCUAUUCAUAUCACAUAAAUGACUUUGGAAGUUUCACUUAGUGUACUUUUUAUCUUGAACUUUUUAUUUUAAUCUGCUAUUUAACGUAACACUAUUGUUUAUUUAAAUUCUAAAAUUUUUUUGUUGGGAAGUCUUGUGAUGUACUACUUCAUAGAGCACUUUUAUGUCUUAUAUCUAAGCUCUUGAGGAAUUAAUGGUUUCAUGGGAAGAUUUUCUAUGAUGUGUACGGUCUCUUGAAAGCCAAUUGCCACAUGAGGUUCAAAACGGCAGUUUGCAAGUUAUGUUUGUCAUCUUGUAAUUAAGAGAUAGGGAUAAGUUACACUCCAGCUAUUUGGGUCUUCCUGUACGUGUUUGGAAAACAAAGAAGAAGCAGUUCACUAAGUAUUUGCAGUAUAUAUCAAGAAAUAAAAAUUUCUUUGCAUAGUGUCCCUUUUAGGGGUAAUCCAGGUAUGACUCUUGUUUCGUGGUUGUGUAAGUUCAAGGUACAGUAGUACCUCGAGAUACGAAAGGCUCUACUUACGAAAAACUCGAGAUACGAACGCCAAUGCGAAAAAUUUUACUGCUCUACAUACAAAAAGUUUUCAAGAUACGAAAGGUUCUUGCUGUAAAGUCCCGAGAUUCGCCCGAACCACCGAGAACAAUUUUAAAACUCCCGUGCCGCCAACUGAGUAAACUCGCCACCAUCCUCCCGCUCUCCCAUUGGUUCCUGAUGCUAGUCACCCCAUAAGGUCCUGCUAUCCUAUUGGUCAGCAUCUACCCCUUGUGCUUUAAGUAUUCUAUUGGUAAAAGGAUGCUGUAAAUUGAAAAACUUAUUCAUGCAAUACAUUUAAUAAAAAAAAACAUUAGGUAAAGAUAGAAUAGAAUAAAGAAUAGAAAUGAACGGUUAUUAUACUGUUUGGUUAUUUCAGUAGUUGAAGAGAGAUAAUGAAAAUUUAUGGCUUACUGUGUAAAGUGAUUGCUUGUCGAUCGUUCGAUACUCAUAAGUGCUGGAUGUAAACAGACGUUUGGAAGCUUUUUUUUUUUUUUUUUUUUUUUUUUUUUUUUUUUUUUUUUUUUUUUUUUUUUAACUAUAGUUAAUGGUUACUUAAUAAUUAUUUGAAAUGAGUACAUGCAAUACAUUUAAUAAAAAAAUUGUGAAUUAAGAUAUCAUAAAAUAUAAAAUAAAUCAGACUGCCAACAAAUACGUAUUUUUUUAGAAUUCUUCUUCUGUUUUAUUAUUACGUUACGUAUACGUAUGUUUCAUUAUAGCUGUCAGUAACUCGGUAUCUCCAUUAGGUAAAGAUAGAAUAAAGAAUAGAAAUGAAUGGUUAUUAUACUGUUUGGUAGUUUCAUUAGUUGAAGAGAGAUACUAAUGACAAUUUAUGGCUUACUGUGUGCUAGGAAAAAUGAUUGCUUGGCGCUCGUUCAAUACUCGUAAGACGGGCAAGAGCUGAAUGUAAACAAUCGAUUGGAAGUUUGUUUUUUGUUUUUUUGUGUAUUAUAGUUAAUGAUUAAUUAAUAAUUAUUUGAAAUGAGUACAUACUGAUUAUUUAUACAUUUUAUUGGCAUAUUCUAAGCUUUUAGCUCUUAGGUUUAGAUGUCAGAAUCAUAGACUAGGCUACAGUAGCAACCGCUAACAUAGGCUAGGCUUAUUGCUAAGGGACAUAUGCUAAAGUCCUAAUAUAUGCAGUAAAAAUGGGGUUGAACAUUACAUGCAGUUGAAUAUUACUCAAGUAUGUACAGUAUUUUGCCUUUUUGGAGUCAUAUUUCUUCCGUCGGAUCGGCGUUGUAACCCUAGAACAUGUGUUUUAGGCCUGGAAAUAUAAUUUACUGGAGUGUUUUUGGAGGGCUUGGAACGGAUUAGGCAUUUUACAUGUAAAAUGUGUUCCAAGAUACGAAAAACUCAUAAUACGAAGGCCGCCUCGGAACGGAUUGAUUUCGUAUCUCAAGGUACCACUGUAUAUUAAUGGAAUUGUACGACCUUCUCCCCUCUCCUUAAGCUGUACUACCUUUUCUGCUCAGCUUUGACACUUCAACUAGAUUCUCCACAGUUGAAGACAAUGGUGAUAGUGUCUGUCUACUGUGCGGCAUUACUAUCCCUAUCCCUUUGUACGGAAGCUUUGCUGAUAGGGCAAGUUUUAUGGUGUUGCGUAUCUUGAGAAAUGUUGCCAUUGCUGAAAUUAUUCUCUUUGUAGAGCAACGAUGUAAAUCUUGCAAGUACAUAACUUUCUUCUUAAUGCUGGUGGUUGAGUUAUCUGCAGUUUCUUCUUCUUUAGUAACAUACCCUGGCUACUGACACCUGUGCAGUCUUUGGAUGUGUUCUAUUCAUUACUUUUCUUAGCACUAUAUCCUUUGCCAAAGAGGUGAACAAACACAUUCAUCUUAGUAAAAUCUGGCCAAUUAAGAAAAUUUGAGUUUUCUCUAUCAAUCGCACACUAUUCUCUUUCUUAGAGUUCACAGACAUUUAAAAAACAGCUAUAAAUCUCUUCUUGAUUAUGUUUGCAGUCUUUUUUGGUUCGAGUAUGUUCAAUGUAAGCUACAUUUCACAGUCUUGUAUCUGUAGGAAAUGCUACAUCACUUAAUGGUAAAUUUUAAGGAAUAUUCAUUAUAAAUUACGUGGGUAAUUCCUUCCACUGGAUGUACAUAUGGUAAAUAGUAAAGGACGGCCUGUGGUUAUGUGUAAGAUACAAAUUAUUACCCAUGGAAUGUCAAGUAUGACCAAAAUGUAGGAUGGUCUGUGUACUUAUUAAAUUAGAAUGUUUGUGUAGGUUGUUUUUCACAACUUCAGCAGAAUCUUCAGCAUUUCUAACAUAUUUGGUCUUUAAAAUUUUAAGCGGCAACCUAUAAUAACCUUCAUUUAUACCAGAUAAUGUUGCAAGUAAAUCAACGUGAUUCAGAAGGUUUACAACAAUAUUAGUAGUGAAUUGGAAGGAAAGUUUUGUGUUUUGCAAUUUAUGAUUGGUUAAGCUACUAAUAGAAGCAUCCCUUAUAUGCAUUGAAAUUUUUAAAUUGGAAGCCCGUUAAUUUCCACUUUACUCUCUAAAAAACAGGUUCCCAAAACCUGGAGUGUAACUAACCUUUGGAAUAUUAAUUUCUGUGAGUUUGUAAAUAAUCUGUCUCAGGUGAGAGCUUUCUUUUCUACAGGAAAGAUACAAGGCUCUAAAGUUUGACUCGCAGGAUUACCAAAUUUGAGUAGGUUAUGAAUCUAUAAAUUAAGUCGGCAUUUCAAAGUUAUAGGGCUAACAGCUGGAAUGUAAGAAAUAUUGUGUACUAGAUUUGUCCCUGAGUAAAUCUGAGGUGGAAUAUUUUAUGUUAGGCUCUUGGUUUUCUCUGGGGGUAAUGGAAUUUGUAUAUUCCAUUGAUCUUUUCAAGAGGAACUUAAAUUCAGUGGUAUAAUGUGUAUCUAUAUACAGUUGAUUUAUUACAAUUUUAUUGUUACAUGACUGCAAUAUUUAUGGUAAAUACAGUUUCUCCAUGAUUUUCAGUAGCACUUUGUUGAUAUCACUAAAAAGCAACCCAAAAAAUAUUAUCAUGUUAUAAAUUUUAACUCGUGAAGGCCAAAAAUGCAAUUUACAUUAAUCACGGGAAAAAUCUUUUAAAAUUUCAUACUGCAGGUUCAUAUGAACUUUUAGAAUGAUUCUGGUGAUUUGUGCAAUGUACAGUAUAAAGAAUAGUUUGUUUAUAUAAAGUGACAGCUUGGUUCACUGAACUGCAAUUUUUUAGUGUAUAAUAAACUGAAGGUCCUCUGGCCACAAAAAUUGACAUAUGUUUCAUAUAUUAGGAAAUCUCACAUUUCAUUCUGAAAGUGUACAAAAUAUUUGCCUUCAGAUACCUUUUUAGGCUUUAGGAAGUUCUAUUGUAUUGCUGUGAUGUUAUUAGGUACAGGAUUUUGAAUUUUAUUUUAUUUAAUAUUUAACCAAUAAUUGCUGUCUUUAUUUUCUUAAAAUGUACUGUAAGCAUUAUUAGUAUUGUAAAUACAGUCUCAAAGUAUAAACCCAUUUACAAAAACUAAAGUUUAUAGCCAUGUGGUGGACAAGCAUGUCGCAACAUUGAACAACAUAGCGAAAAGUUUGAUUUCAUAAAAUAGAACAAAGAUCUGCUUUCCCAUUGAUAUGAUUCUUUUGCUUUUCUGUAGAUCAUUAUGAUGUGAAAUGAAUUAAUACCCUUUCUCUUACAAUAGUUAUUGAUAUUGGUUAUUUCAGCUGUGCAGAAUGCUAGUUAUCCAAAACAGUCAAAAGUAGCAGCAUAGGGAGGAAUAAUAAAGCAAUGAAAUCAACUGAUAAUUGCAAGGAAAGUAACACUAAACUAAUAAUUCAGAAGAAACAAUCUCAACCCAAUACAUAUGUAUGAAAUUUACAAUCCACAAUCCCCUACAUUCUGAGGAUCUGACAAACCAAGUGAGGAUACGGACAUGAAAAAUUAUUUGUCAUGGUACAUUUUGCAUUUGCAGAUUUAGUCAUUUCAACAAUUGAUUUUUCAUUAGUAACACAAAAGCUUGGGCUCAUUGAAAUGAGAUGCUACUCCUAUGUUCCUCUUAAGUGAACGACAAGCAGGCAUUUGAAGUAGGUCAUUCAUCUUAUAGUACCUGGCACAGACCAUACUAAGUUUCCAUCAGCUUUUUCUAACAUUGAUACAGGUACUAAUACCAUUAGACUUAACCAAUAUAGUACACCAACUGCCAUUAUAGGUAUCUUUGUUCAUGUAACUGGACAUAGCUUAUCAAAGUGAAAUUAUACAUGGCUAUUGAUCUUCACGCCGUGCUACAUACACCUUUGUCGUACAGCACAGUGUUGUGUGAUUGUCUUGUAGGUUCUGGCAAAUUUGUUUGUAGCCAAAAAUACUUCUGCUGUACUUUGACAUCUCUAAAUAAAUUGGAUGUUGUACAUACAGCAAAAAUUAUUUUAUUGGCAAUGUUAGCAGAGGCAUUGUAGUCUCGAUUCAGAAAGGCUCCUCUGAUUGGGCAAGUUUUUGUAUCUUGCGAAAGGUUACUGUCAUUGUUAUUACUCUGUGGAGCAAUGACGUAACCCCCACAAGUAUACUUUCUUGUUGGUGCUGGUAUUAAUAUCUUACCAACUUACAUAGCUCACAGUAUCCAGAAGUGGCAAACUUUGGACAUAUUCCAUUUGUCAACUUUACAAACAUUUUCAGAACUUAAUUUUUUUUUUAUUAAUUGGCCGAUUUAAGCGUGUGGGCUGGAGUAAUGCUCGCCUUUACCUGUGACUGCAAACUUAGCGGCACCAUACGCUACACACACACACACACAGGCUUCUUUACAUUCCCUACAAGUCUAUUUACAAAUUGGGUUAAUGUCAUCUUCUUCAAGCAAUGCACACGAAAUUUAGUCCUUCUCCACUUUUUACCAGUCUUGGUCUCCCAUACCAAUUUGUAAUUUUUUAUAUACAUUUUUAGAUAUUGUACACUACCUACAGUUGUUACAGUUAGUUUAUUGUUGACAUUCUUGUAUUUUCUUUCCUGCAACCACUUAUCAGUUUGUUUCCUUUCUUUUGUCAUUCCAGAAUAGCAAUAAUACUCUUUUGAACUGAUUUUCUUUUUUUUUUCACUCCUUUUCGGUUUUGGGUCAAUUUCAACACAAUGCCAUGUUCUUGCGGCCUGGAUCUAUCCCAAUAAUUCUUUCAUCUUGCAACUGUGUUGAUCUUGGCUUGAUUUUUGCCUGUUAUUUUUCUAUCUUCAUCAUUUUGAUAUUUGAAGAACCUGUGGGAAAUAUUAUUUGUUAGUGACAAUUCUAGUCUACAAUUUUUCCAGUAAGUGUUUUCAACUUGCAAAUUAUACCCCAAGUUAAUGACCACUAGUGCCCAGAGUUAAUGACACCCUAUGUUGUUCAUUGUUGCAAUAAGCUUCUCAUGUUUGGUAUGGGAAAGAAACAGGCUUAUGUAAAACAGUGGUUUGUGUGUUAUAUAUGAGGUACAGUGAACCAUUUGCUUAUGAAAUUAUAGAAUUAAAAAAUAGUUCCCAUCUGGAUGGAAACAAUUAGAAUCUGAUUUUUUUUUUCUUAACUAGUCUUCAUAUAGUACCAUGGAUCAAAUAAAUGACAGCCACAGAUAGACUUACAUGCUUGUGAUACCAGAUGUAUUGACUCAUUCAUUCAACCUUUAUUUUCCCUAGCAAAGACCAGCUCGCAGACAGUACUUCACCUUCUUGAAAAGAAUAACAUAAUCAGGUGAAUUUAAUUUGGAUGGAUAAAGGGGUUACAGGCUAGCUAUUUUCCUAAUGAAGCUAACUAAAUUUUGUUGAAAAAUGUAUUUUACCUUGAGUCUUGUUAAAUAAAGUGUAUUUCAAGAACUCCCAAGUUUUAAAUAAAUUAAGAAUAUCAGGCACUUUUGGGGAGUCAUAUAAGAGUCAAGUAUUUUUAUUUUUCAUGUAAAACUACUUGAUAAAAAUGUAAAAAAAAAAAAAAAAAAACUCCUUGGUGUGGCUGAACUACUAAAUAACAAUAAGAUCUGAUCUUCAAAUUUUUAAAGACCUGCAACAGAAUACAUAUAGGCAUUCGUAUUGAAGACACCCUUUAGGCUAGCCGUGCAGAAGUCAAGUGUCUUGAGUCCGCAUCCUUGUUAAACUGAUUAAUGAUGAUAACAGUAAUAACUCUCUAUCAUAAUAGUCUGAAAUCUGAUUUAUUUAUUACUGCUCUUCAGUAAAAUACCAUUUGCCAAAAAUUCAUGCAUAAAUUUGGAAAUGCCCCACUGUUAGGUCCUGUUCAUCAUUUGUUAGCUUGAAUUGUGGGUUAACUUUAGUUGAGUUAUAAAGAUGGCAAUACAUAAAUAUGAUGGAAAUGGUUACGAUGACUUUGAUUUGCAUAUUCACCUUUUUUUACUUUGUUAGUGUUGCAGCUAUGUUCUUUAAAACUUAACACUCGCCUGAAAUGAUAGUUGUUUGUUUAAAGAUCUUACUCAUUUUAAAACUAGGAGAUAUUUUAGUUUCUAGUUUUAACACAGAAAAUCUUUGAAUAAACAUAGACGAAAGAUAUAUUUCACAGGAGCUUGGAUUCUGAAAUAGUUCCCUAAUUCCUGAAGUAUUUGUAUAUUUUGUACAGAAGUGUCGUGCUUAGUAUGGCAUGUCUUUGUAAAAAAAAAAAAAAUUUGCAAUAAAAAUUGUGGAAGAC